UCAAAAGUAGAAGGACCACACUGAUAACUUUCUUUUACACUCUACUUUCAGCCAAAGCACUACGAUGCCAGCCACUGGAACCUUUUCUCUGCUGUAUUUAAUAUGCCUCCUAGGUAUACCUGUCCAGAAAUCUUGGGCAUUGCAAAACCCAGAGCUGCACUUCUACCCUAAGAAUGAAGUCAACCUACUCUCAGAAAGUCUUCUGCAGAUUGGAACAGGAUUAAGAAGAGAAGUUAACUACACCAAAACGCAGAUCAGCAGUAUUUUCCAGCAACUGAAGCAGUUUAACUCAUCCCUGGCAAAUCUGUCAGAGCAAAUAAAACAAACCAGUAAACUUGGGGAAGAACUUGACACCAAAGCAAGAGGCUUUGAAGAUAAUGAUAAGAUGUAUGAGGUUCUUGCAGAAAUAUCUGAAGAACUUGUUAAGUUGCAGAAAGAAGGAGCAUCUCUCGAUAACACGAUCAAGCCUCUAGAAAAGAAGGUAGAGACAGCUCUGGAUACAAGAGAAGAGAGAGAAUUCUUUGUCAACACAUCACAUAUUCUGGCAAUAAUUGAAAAGCAAAAUAUGCAGAUUGAUACACUCCAGACAAUAGUGGACAGCCAUCAAGACCACAUCAAUUCUCAGGAAGCCAAAAUACAAAGAUUAUUAAGGAAGACCCGCUCAAAAAACCUGAAGACCAAAAAGAGACGCAAUCUAGGUCUUCGAGAGGGUAGUAAAGAUGGACGCAUCUUCAAGCCACAAAACUGAAGAAAAUGCAUCUC